GUUGAUCGAUGGCGCUCGCUGCGGCUUCCAGAGCUGGAGACUUGGAUAAUCUCUGCGUGCUGUUGAAGGCCGGUGCCGAUCCGAAUGCGAGAGAUAAACGAGGGAAGACUGCGCUUCACGAGGUGCUGCUGCUGAUUUCGACGGCCGAUCGAUCGGAUUUUCUUGCAGGCUUGCUCGCAAGGGCAUGACAAAUGCGUGGAGGCGCUCUUGAGAGCGGGAGCAUUGGUAUCGGCGCACAAGACAAAUGGAUUUACGCCUCUUCACUACGCCGCCGCUACUGGUCGAGCUUCGAUCAUCUCUAUUCUUCUUGCCAGUUUUGGUUUCAGUGGAGCAAACGCUUGCGAUCGCGAUCACAAGGGCGAGCAAGCAAUCCACCUCGCAGCUCGGGGUGGAUUUGUUCCGGCAGUGGAAAUUCUUCUCGCUCAUGGUGCUUCUGGCAACGCAGCAAGUAACAAUGGUCGCACCAGUGAAGGCUAGCAGUGUUCAUACGGCGUCUCUCCAUGGACACGAACUUGUUCUGCGGCUUCUCUUAUCGUCCGGAGCUGAUCCGGCAGCCUGCGACACUGGAGGCUCUCAACCCAUUCAUGAUGCUGCUGCCGGUGGCCACGUCGGUUGCAUGGAGCUCCUGACGCAUUUGGGAGCGGAUCCAAAUGCCAGUGAUUGCGCGGGCUGUACUCCUUUGCAUCGGGGUUCAUCCGCUGGCGAGGUUGACGCUGCUCGAUGGCUACUUAAGCAGAAGGGUGUUGAUGCGAACUGUCGAGACAACAUCGGAUCGACUCCUUUGUACUGGGCUGCGAGCCGUGGACGUGCCGAUGUUGUGGCUCUUUUGAUCCGCGAAGGCAAUGCUGAUCCCUCCGCGCCAAAUGCACACCGAUCUCCACUUCAUGUUGCGGCAGGCUGGAGGCAUUUGAGUGUCUGCGAUGAGCUACUCAAGGCCGGAGCUGAUCCAUUGGCAGUCGACAGGGAGGGACUCACUGUUCUUCAAGUUGCCAAGACUGACGACGUUGCGAAACUUCUUGACGAGGAACUGGUUGCGUCGAGAUCUUGAGCGCCGAGCUGUGCCUUUCCAGAGGAGCUUGUCUAUUUUCUCACUCACGAAGUGGAGGGCUGAGAGUUUUAAGUCUGGACGACACCAAUAUGAUCUGUGGGGCUUAAGUCUUCUCAGGUACGCAACGCAAUAUCUAGGCAAAGUGCGCCACCCAUUGAGAAAAGUCAAACUCUUUUCAAGAGAUCGAAGGAGCAAACGGGCAAAAGUCUUUACACAAGCCAAUGAUUUCUAAACAGCCUCUAACGAUCGAAGAGACAAGGUUUUUUAAAUGAGUAAAUGGAUGGAACGAAAGGCUGGCCUUUGCAAUCCGACUAGAGAUUAACAAUUGUCUCAUUUGCAACUCUAUCAACUUAAAUCUUUGUCCAAAUGACGGUCA